AUGGCGGACCCUUUGUCGGUAGUCGCUAGUUCGUUUGCGGUUGUAGGUGUUGCCGACGUCGUACUGCGCGCUUGUCUCAAAUGCCACAAGCUCCUCGCCGACAUCGAGGAUGCGCCAGCAUCCAUCGAAGGCCUAAAGACCAGCUUGAGAAAUAACACUUCUCUGGUCGAAGCUCUGAAAAAGCACGUACAGGACAUAGAGGCUACUGCCUCUCCCGAGGACCGAGCCGAGCUAGGACCGGCAGUCGAGCAAUUCGGCAUCGCCGUCAAGUCGUUGCGUCGCGAAACGGAUAAACUGCUAGUUCGAUGUCUGAAGUAUAGCAAAAUGAAGAAAACCUGGGCAAACGUGAGGCAUGUACUUGCGGAGAAAGACAUACGCAAGACAACAGAGCAAGUAGAGCACGCCAAGGCUACACUCUCAGUCGUAUCCUCUCUUGUCGAAGGGUGCGUAUGA